GAACAUUCUGAUUCCAUGGCAGUUGCCAGAGGGCAGGAGAGAACAGUUUGGGGCAGAAAAGGGGCAAAAGAAAAGGAAAUCCCGCUCCAUGCUGGGAAUAGACAACUCUCCUCUGAGGCUGAGGCUAACCAGAUUAUGCAGAACUUUCUUCUCUCCAACCUUGCCUGGAGCUGGGUUGAAUGGAUCGCAGCAGUUACCAUUGCCGCUGGGACAGCAGCAAUUGGUUAUCUAGCUUACAGAAGAUUUUACGUUAAAGAUCAUCGCAGUAAAUCUAUGGUAAACCUUCACAUCCAGAAAGACAACCCCAAGGUAGUACAUGCUUUCGACAUGGAAGAUUUGGGAGACAAAGCUGUGUACUGCCGUUGUUGGAGGUCCAAAAAGUUCCCAUUCUGUGAUGGAGCUCACACAAAACACAACGAGGAGACUGGAGACAACGUGGGACCUCUGAUCAUCAAGAAAAAAGAAACUUAAACGGACAGUUUUGAUGCUGCAAACCACUUGUCAUGAUGUUACCUGAUUGUUCAAUUAGAAUGACUACCACUACUGUCCGAUUCACCUCCCCUGGAGUCUAGAUGUGGUACAUUGCGAAUGCAGUUUUCACACUCAUGGCAUUUGCCUUACCUGUUGAAACAUUGUGGUGCCCAUUUGUUUAAACAAAAAAAAAAAGGAAACAUAAAAAUCAGCCUCAUGGUCUGUGGGUUAUUUUGGUCUUGUAAUACAGAUCCUUUUCUUUAAGUUUAAAUAAGGACAUCAGAAAAUAGUUGUAUCUUAAAGUUAACAUAUUAAAUUAUUCUCCAAAUUAUGAA